AUGCGCUAGACGCCGAGGGGUGCGGAUGUUGCGUCCAGUGUGUCGAAUAAAACGCAGACGUGUGUUCCAAAAUUGUGAUUAAACAAUUGACGUGAUAAAAAGUUUAUUUUGUCAAUGUGGUAAUGGAUGUUUAGGUGUGGAUUUAUUUUUCAUUGGUGCAUCUAGCAUGGCUUGAAACGAUGUUUCGCACGGCGUCAGUAGAGGGUUCAGGGCCGAGGACGCCGCCCGCCUAUGCCCCGCACCCCCCCUACGUCCCGCCCCGCUUCUUCCCCCCGCGGAUACGACCGCCACCCCCGCAGUACUGCUUCGACGCAGCUCGCUUCGCGUGUGACGCCUCCAAACCUCGGUACCUGGACGUGGAACGGGAGAGGCUGGUCACUAGGUGGCUAGCUGAAGCUAACGAAGCGUUGGUCCGUCGCGAUCGACCGCCCCGAUACAAACCCCGAAGUUCGGAGAGAAGAUUAGAGUAUCUAGACAGGAGACCGAACGCGCCAGAAUGGGCUGAUAACUUCUUACUCGGUAGACGGAACGAUUCCGCGGAACCAGAGGAGGAGAGUGAAUGUAUGACGCUUAAGGAUUUUGUUGAUAAGUUUUCGUUGCCGCGUGUUGUGAAACUGGACGGUGAGGAUAGGGCAGUGUUGUUGUAUCGAGUGCUGGAGGCGCACAGGCGGGUGGAGGCUGUGCCGCUGUCGGGGAAGAAAGGCAAGCUGGUCGGGAAGCCGCUGUAUAUCCCUGAUUCUUAUGAUGGUUGGUUCUCAGCGUGCGGCUGCAGGGGCGGAGCGCUGGCCACCCCGCGGGGCUCCAUUUCAGCCCUGCUCCGGAACCGGGCCUUCGCCCUCGUAUCGCCCCGCGCUAUCUCCGCGUACCGCGCGAGACCCGCGUCUGAGAGCGGUCGCGUAGGUGCCCAGUAUGAACGCGCGGCAGCACGGCCGGGGACGCCGCUGCGGCUGGCCGGGGUCUUCGCUGAUGGCAGCAAGGCGAAGGCGCCGAAGUAUGCCCAACUCAUCGACCCGCAAGGAAAUGAGCUCUUCGUGCCAAUCAACACAAAGGGCGAACUCUACGAAGUGUGUCCCGAGGAGCUAUCCCCCGCGGAGUGGGAGGACGCGACAGAAGCGCCCCCUCCAGAGGUAGCAGCUCGAGCGCAUCGUCUGCCGCAUCUCUUGAGUCUGUGGCGUCUGCCGGCGCGCGUGCGUCUGCUCGCGGGGACGGUUCCUAUUGAAAUGGCGCAUGAUGUCGGAGAUGAUCUUCUGUUACGGGCAGCUGUCACCGAGCCAGUACUGGUCAUGUGCACUCUACCCGAAUACAGCUCCUUAUCAACGAGUCCCGGCAAGCAGGUGGACCCUCGAUACCACGCGAAGGAGACGCUGCAGCUCCUUCCACUGAACGGCAGCAUCAAGGUCCGCCGCACUCAGCUCGGCUUCGAAAGUGAGAAGAGAAUGUUCCUCUCCGCGCGCCUCCAGAAAGCUCUAACCUUCUGUCAACUCAACGUUGACAACUGGAUCAGGCAGAUCUCAUACGCUAAAUCAACCGUCGUCAGCAAAGCGAAGACGGCCGAGGAUCUCAUUAAGGAAGACCAUGAACCGGUCAAAUUUGAAAAGGAAAGGAAGUUCACUCUUCAAGGCUUGAAGAUUGACACGUCGCGGCUCUUUGGGAAAAGUGAGAAAGUUCUAAGAGACAUUCCGGAUGAAACAGAAGGGUCUAUUAUAUUUUUAAGUAAGAAUGAGCUCGAACAUAUGAAUUAUGACGUGUACAGCGAUGACGAAGGCAAGGAUGAUAAGAAUGAUGAAAAGGGUGAACAUGAGAACUUAUCAAAUGAUAAAAACAACGUUUUCAGAGAAGAUUCGUCACAGAAAAAAGGCAAGUGGUUUAAAAAUUUAAAGCUCACAAAGAACUCUGACAAAUUGGACGAUAAAAUAACUGCUAUUGAAAAUUUAGAGAAAUAUAGAGACAUUAAAGAUCCAUUCGAUCCUCUAGGAGAAAAGCAUAGUUCCAUAGAAAGAUAUCAAGACAUGGCUAAACUUAUUGAAGAUAGAUUCGGUGUAUUUAGGAAAAAUGAUGGCACCGCUGAAAAGAGUCAUUCUUACAAGAGUUUGACGACUUCGUCAUCUGAUAUGGGUACAAGUCAAUGCAGUUCAAACCACAAGAAACCGAUACUAACUAAAUCCGUUUCAGUCCAAACUGGCAUGCCUGAUAGUCCUUGUAAUGAAGAAGACAGCGGUAUUGAUAUGAAACAUGGUCGUAAAAAUUUAAGUGUAGACCAAAUAAAUUAUUGCGGAUCAAUGGAGAGUAGCUCUAGUUCUGGCAGGAAGUUGAAAUCUCUCGACGAAAAUAUGCUUAAGAAAUCAUCCGCAACAAAAUCAUCAACACAUCUAGAGAGACGGCAAAGAAUACAACCUGACUUGAUACCGGAGAAGGCUAUGGUUAAAUCAGAAUCAUACAACCAAAUACAAAGCUGUGAGGAUAUUGUGAAGUUUGGAGCCGGAUCUAUGUACAACGACAGCGACUUCGAAAUAAAUUAUAAACAGCAUUCGUUUAUCACUGAAAAAUUGUGUUCAGAAUUUCACGUUAAAACAAAGCGAGUUCUUAGCAAAUCUACUUCUAAUUUGCUACACCCCAAGAAAACCACUGAUAAAAAAGAGGCCAGUAACAGUAACAGCAUGCCUACUAAAACUGAACGUUCUGGUAGUAACGAGAGGAUUGUCAACUUUAGGAAAAAGAUCGAUAAGCCAAGAGCACCAACUCCCCGUUCAGAAAUAGAUGACGAUCCACCCCCAGUAGACAUAUCAGAAGAAGAACCACAAAUUCAAAAGAAAGUGAGGCGUUCAAUCUCUUCAAUUCAAAAAAGAAAAUUACCUGUGAUAGAAGACUUGCCGUACGGACAAGUAGCGGACGCAGUGCAUGUUGAAGAGGAAAUCAUAGACUCUGAUUCCAGUUGCGACAACAUUUAUGCGGAAAUCUGUACUCCUCCGAACGGCAAUAAAACCAGUGAUGAAGACUACGACUCCAAUGUAGAUGUCUUAGCCAAUGACCCUGUGAUUUGUAACGUUAAAAAAGAAGUGAUUACACGCAACGAUGAAAGAGCUCGACUCAUGAUAGACAAUCUAGAAAAUCCGUUUAGACACAUUGAAGUUGUUGUUAUUGAAAAGAACACUGAUUUCGAUCUAGACAAUUCUAGCCUCGCAUCCAGUGAUUUUGAUGAGACGGGAAGCAAGAACGAUGUGUCGAUAAUAGAUUCGUGGGAGCGGGAUAAAGUGAAGCAAUCUGAACCAAAACUCCACGCAAUUAGAUUAGAAAUUACUAGCAAUAUGGACGAUUAUCCCGAGAGCCACAGUCAAAGUUUAGAUAGAACAGAGAUCCACUUAGGUAAAGAUAAUGUUGUUAGUUUUAGUAACAGUAUCCAUUUGAAUGGUACAUAUCCCAACGAGGCCAUUUAUGAUACUUUAAAAUAGGUUAUUGUAAGUCACAAUUAGUCAUAUAUAGCAAAUUGUGUCGCCUUCAUAAUUCGUCCAUAGUUACGCUUAUAAUAUGCUCUAUCAUACACAUAACUAUAUAAAUACUGUCCAAUGAAAAUAUAUGUUAUAUAAAUAUAAAUAAAAUACAUAUUAUUCCUAUACAUCAUUUGGAUAUGGAUGUAUGCAGCUGUUAUUUACAAUCUUCAAAUAGAAACAGUUAUUGAAUGAACAAGCUAAUGUAUUUUUAAAUUAGACUAAGUUGUAAGUACUUCUUGGCAAUAUAAUAUUUACACAUUGUAGCCUAGCAAGUGUCAUAUUACAAGAUUUAUUCGAAAGGCGACAUGAUGUAAGAAAAUUAAGGUUGUAUUCACUUUUAUUGACACGAAGUGUCCGAGUUUAGCACUAUCACGUUACUAAUUUUAGAAGCACCUAUCUGGGUCUAUCACUUAUCACAUUAAAGGGGGUUUUUUUAUCAUAAUUUACAUGACUUUUUGACCACUCUGAAAAAACUUAUCCGGCAAGAUUGUAUGGU